AUGUAUUAUCUUUCUCAAACUCGCCAGACCCUCAAUGAUUUUGCCAUGGUAGGUCAAUUUCUUUAACCUGUUACCCAUUCACCAUAUAGGCAGAGACAUAUUUAGAAAUAUGGCCCUGAAUAUAGGCUGUAGCAUAUAUACUGUGAGAUCAUACGUUAUGUAUUCUAGUUGCAAAACAGAUUAUUGGAGCUUGAUUCAUUAAUAUAUUCAGUUGUUUUAUUGAUAUAUGGUGUCUUUUCUGUGUUUUAUAGGAGAGGAUACCAAGAGGCUGUAUCCAAGAGGCGGAAAUGAUAAUUGUCCAACGUCCAACGCUUUCAAUAGAGGUGAUCAAGAGAUCAUGAGUGGCUACAAUUUUAGUGUUAGUCUAGUUCAAUUGCAUGGUUACACUGGGUGUUAUUCUGAUUACAGGAGGGGGGGAAAGCUUUGGACACUGAGACUUGCGUUUCAACUAGCCAGCAAGCUCUUCCAACAAAACCUAACACUUGUGAAAUGGAAUAUCAUCAAACUCAGGGAGCUCCAACACCUUCUUGCUCGACAAAAUAUGACCUAUUCGGAAUUGUGUAAGUUCUUGGUUAUGUUUAAUUUGUUAACUGUAGCUUGUUACGCAAUUAUUGUUAUUAUUAUUAUUCAUGUAAUCACAUGGACAUUUAUAUUAAUGUUGUUUGUUGUUUAUUAUUUCAGGUCAGAGACAUGCGUCUGCGUCUAAACCUUCCAAUUGGAGAUAUGCUUAAGAACUACUUCAAACAGCUGGACGACUUUCUUUCACGUGAGGUAAAACAUCUCACAGAUUGGUAAUUUUUGUCAACUGUGUUUCAAAUCUAAACUGUUGGAGUAAGCCUAAUACAUUUUAGUCAUUUAGCAGACGCUCUUAUCCAGAGCGACUUACAGUUAGUGAAUGCAUACAUUAUUAUUAUUUAUUUUUUCAUACUGGCCCCCCAUGGGAAUCGAACCCACAACCCUGGCAUUGCAAACGCCAUGCUCUACCUACUG